UAAUGGUUUGGUCCGGGCGUGACAUCAUCCCAAGGCUUGGACUUCGAUUACUGACUCUUGUUUUUCUGUUAUUGGCAACGUUUUUAUAUAAUACGUUAUAUUAAUAUAACAGUCCUUUACUCUUUUAUUAAUUUGGAUCUCAGCGUGAAAUAUCGGCUCGAGUAAUCUGCAAAAAUGAAAUGGAUGUUUAAAGAGGACCAUUCCCUGGAUCACCGGUGUGUGGAGUCAGCCAAAAUUCGCAACAAAUACCCGGACAGGGUUCCGGUCAUCGUGGAGAAAGUGUCCGGUUCGCAGAUCGUGGACAUCGACAAGCGGAAGUACCUGGUUCCAUCUGAUAUCACUGUGGCCCAGUUCAUGUGGAUCAUCAGGAAGCGCAUCCAGCUGCCUUCUGAGAAGGCCAUCUUCCUGUUUGUCGAUAAGACUGUCCCUCAGUCCAGCCUAACAAUGGGACAGCUGUAUGAGAAAGAGAAGGACGAGGACGGCUUUUUGUACGUAGCGUACAGCGGCGAGAAUACGUUCGGCUUCUAGAGACGACACCUUCACACCUGCCGUGCUGCUUCCCCACCCAACGCAUACAAUCACACCCCCACCCCCGCCCCCACCCCCGCAGGCUUCAUCAGACAUAAACUGACAUGUGAAAAACAGAGGAAUCAUAAUGCAUUUGUAUCUCGGCUUUUCUCCACUGUAUUAAAGAUGUAUACAUUAAAAUUUGAUAAUUUAUCUUUAGCUGAGAUGAACAAAACACAGGAUGCUGUUCUCGUUUUUCCAGUUAGCCGUUUUGUAGAAAUACCAGAAAAAUCAGUAUUUUUAAAAUUUCCUUAUUAACCUUUGUUUUGUUUUGUUUUUUUUUUUUUUGGAGUUAUAUGAAUAUAUUUAAGAUUAAGUUAUAACUGAAAGGUAAGGUAGUUGGAAGAAUUAACCAAUAAAAUAAAUAGAAAAACA